CGAGGGGCCGGGGCUGCGCUCGGCACCCGGGGAAGCUCAUUCAAAACACGGCCGGGCUCGGGCGCCCGCAGCCGCCGGCCGCUGCUGCCCAUGUCCCCGCCGCCGCCCGGCCCCGGGGGGCGCCGCCGCCGCGGAGGGUCUCGGCGGGGCCGGGCGCCGCCGCGGGGGAGGCGCCGCGGGGCGGCGGGCCGGGGCGCGCCCUGAGGGCGAGGGAGGGAGGGAGGGAGGCGUCUGGCCGCGAUGCCGGUGAAGAACCGGUACAACCUGGUGGACGAUGGCUGCGACUCGCGCGUCCCGCUGCACAACGAGGAAGCCUUCCAGCACGGCAUCCACUUCCAGGCCAAGUAUAUUGGUAGCUUGGACGUACCGAGGCCCAACAGCCGCGUGGAGAUUGUGGCAGCCAUGAGGAGGAUUCGGUACGAGUUCAAAGCCAAGAACAUUAAGAAGAAGAAAGUGAGCAUCAUCGUCUCCGUGGACGGCGUGAAGGUGAUUCUGCGCAAGAAGCAGAAGAGAAAGGAAUGGACCUGGGACGAGAGUAAAAUGGUAGUGAUGCACGAUCCCGUGUACAGAAUCUUCUACGUGUCUCAUGAUUCUCAAGACCUGAAAAUUUUCAGCUACAUUGCGAGGGACGGUGCUAACAACUCCUUCAGGUGCAAUGUCUUCAAAUCCAAAAAGAAGAGCCAGGCCAUGCGGGCGGUGCGCACCGUGGGCCAGGCCUUCGAGGUGUGCCACAAGCUGAGCCUGCAGCACGCCCUGCAGAACGCCGACGGCCAGGCCGACGGGGCCAGCGACAAGUCCGUGGAGGAGCAGCCGCUGACAGUUCACCAGAUGAAGGGCUCCGAGCUCACAGAUGCGGACGAGGUCGGCAUUGACACCGAUGGGAUCUGCGGGUCGGAGAGAGGCCCUGGAGAGCUGCCCGCUGCCAGGGCCGAGCUCGGCGUGCUGAAGCCCGGACAGGUCCCGAAAGACAAGAGCUGCCAGGACUCCGAGAACGGCCCCCUCUACCCGUCCGGCUCCCAGCAGCUGCUGAGCCCCAGCAGCCCCUGCUCCUCGGCCUCCAUCACCCCGCUGGCGUCGCAGCACUGCCUCCAGCUCCUGCAGCAGCAGCUCCUCCAGCAGCAGCAGCAGACGCAGGUGGCCGCGGCCCAGGUGCAGCUGCUGCGGGAGCAGCUGGCGGCCGAGACGGCGGCGCGCGUCGAGGCGCAGGCGCGGGUGCGGCAGCUGCUGCUCUCCAACCGGGACCUGCUGCAGCACGUCUCCCUGCUGGUGCGGCAGCUCAAGGAGCUCGAGGCGAGGGCGCAGCGCCGGCAGCCAGUCGACCGCUCGCUGCAGAACCUGUCGCUGGCCCAGUCGCCGUCGCUGAACCUGAAGAACCACCACAGCCUGGACCUCGGCCUGCCCUCCGCCUCCACCCCCGCCAGCGCCCUGGGCAGCCCCGUGGGCCCCGGCUCGCGCUCGGCCCCGGGCUCCGGCCGCUCCUGCCUCGACCUCCCGGCGCUGGCACGGGGCAGCCCCGGCUGCGACGGCAGGGACGGGGACGAGCGCCUGGCCGCGCUGGAGGGGCGGGACGGCUUCGGCCGGCGCGUGGAGGGCUCCGAGGUCGGCGAGCUCGCGCCGCUCGGCGGGAGCAGCCGGCAGAAGGCGGAGGAGGCCGACGGCGGGGCCGCCGAGGACAGGCGGCAGCAGCCCAUUCCCAGGAUCAACCCCCCGCCACCCAUCCUGCGCAAAAGGUCAAGCAAGACCUCGCCGAGCCUGGAGGCGGAGGCCAAGCCCGAGACCGCCGUCCACGCGAGCCUCCCCAGCCCCAGCUUGUCCAGCCUCACCGCCAGCUCGCCCACCCUCCCGGACCCCGAGGCGAGGACUCCGGCCCGCAGCGCUGCCUCCAGCACGGAGCUCGUCCCCGCGGGGACCUCCCAGCGCGCGCUGGCCAAGGACAGGACCGGAGAGAACGGACACGCGUCCCCCCCGUCCAGCACCCGUGACGCUGCGAAGGGGGAGGCCCUGGGCAGGGACCCGGCCGCCCCGGGCAGCCCCGCGGACAGCGCGCUGCCCUUCUCCCCGGCGGACGACACCUGCCUGCACAUCAGCUUCUCGGAGGAGGAGCUGUUUGAACCGGAGCUGGACGCCGCGCCGGGCCCCAGCAGGGUCCCCGCGUAGCCGGACCGCAGUCCCCGGCAGCCCCGUCCGCCCUCGCCGCCAGCCCGCGUGGGGCCGGGGGGAGCGGGUGCCACUGCCCCACGCGGGAGGUCCCUCGGCGCACGGCGCUGCUGGAGCAGGACGCGACCUGCUCAGCCCCCGUCCUCGCUCUGCACCGGCUCUCGCUGCAUCGAGCCGCGGGGCAGCGCUUGCGCCCGGAGCCAUCGCCGCGCGCCGCGUCCCCGGGACGGGGCGGCCUCGGCCGCCGCCCGCAGCGCUGCUGCCCCGCUCCGCUUUCACGGAGGUGCGGUACGGGUUGGGCGUGCGCUGGGAAGCGCCGAGGGUCUGGGGGAGGAAAGGUGUGAGGACGACGUCGGGCCCUGGGGAAAGGCCCGGGCACGGCCGGACGGCCCGGGAGCAGGACGCGGGGGCCCAGGGCGGCGUUUGGCCGAAGGCGGGUUUGCGGACGUGGCGGAGGGUCGAGUUGGGAAGGUGCUGGGCAGCGGCGGAGACCAGGAGCAGCAGCUUUUCGGCAGCGGCGGGUGCACGAGCCGUUGGCGGCGGCGCUGAGCUGCGAGCUGACGGCAGAGGGCCCUUGUGACCGCCGAACGCGGCGCAGCGCGAUGCAGCACGGUGCAGCACGGCGCGGUGCAGCGAUGCCCCGGGGCUGCGCAUCCGCCUGCGGCACCCGCGGGCUCGCCAGCCGCGGUCGGGCUGCGCGUUAGCCGGGUAGAGCCAGACCGACCGGCGAUUAGGAGAGAGAAUACAGUGCAGUUUGGUAAGAGGCUUUUAAAGAGAAAAUAAACGUGUCAGACUUUCCAAAGCAA